CAUCGAACAUCGUGCAAAAAAAAGUGUUCUGAACCAUUCGUAACUCAGUCAUUUCUUUUUCCAUCAUUCAGAGUGUGUUUUCUUUCUGGAGCGAUUUUGAUAUUAGAGUAGCUUCUAUUGUCCUAAAAGUAACUUUUCUCUCAUGUCAAAAUGAUGCAGAAAUCCCUAAAAUUUUGUAUCAUUCAUACCGUCUGUAUUGGAGGAUUCCAACCAUAGCUUCAUUAGUUCUACCGUCUAUCUACUUCAACUCAAGAAUUACUUUACAAUUACCCAUGCGUUUACUAACAAAAUUCAGCUUCUGAAUCUGUUGACACUUGGGUUGUUGACUGACUGAGGUAGCGUGCAGUAGCUCUAACCAUAAUGAGAGUGAACGACAAGUGUCUCAUUGAAUAUAGCCUCAGUCAGCCAGAUUUUGAGGGAAGAUUAAAUUAUAAAAAGAUUGUCAAUGGAGGCAGUUACUCUCAAAAAGGUUUCAAAGAAAGAUGGUUCAAACUCAAAGCCAACUUAUUGUUUUACUUCAAAAUCAACGAUCUCGGCCAGAUUGAAAAACAGCCGUCAGGAUUAUUUGUCCUGGAGAAUUCACGUGUCCAAUCUGAGUCCAGUGCAGGAUUACCAUUUGCAUUUUCCAUUUCAUUUCGCGAUGACUCAGACCGGAAACAUAUUCUAUCCGCAAGGACAGAAGAUAAUGUAUCUCAAUGGAUAAUGUUCCUCAGACAAGCUGCGUAUGAGCACUGGAGAUCUCAACUUAUAGUUUUGCAAACAAAAAUUUGCGAAUUGACUGGAAAUGAUCCACUGUUAAUGUAUCCUCGGAAUCAAGGCUCAGUCAGAGACAUUCCUACCAAAAGAGAGAUACUUUCAGAAACCUUUAAGUCGCACAUGGUUUUGGAAACACAGCACGCUCAUUUGCCCUCUGAAUCAUUCAAAUCUCAUGUAAUUCGUAAAGAAUCUCCCAUUGAAACUGCAAAUUUGAUUGAUCUUUGAUCGUAACUAUCUGUUAGUCUGAUAAAGUAAUGUUAUUUUUUUUAGUUAUUUAUUUUGCUUUCUAUUGCUCCAAUUAAGAGGGACAAUGUAAGUAAUGCCUAAGCAAGGAAUUUAAAAUUAUUAACGCUUUGCUCAUUUGCUCAAAUUGUUAUCAAGAAAUUAUUAAUUUCUUACCAUUAAAUCGUUUUUGUUUUAUUUACAAAAUCAGUCAUUUUUGAGAACUACCCUCUCAUUUUGACUAUUUAUGUAUGGCUUAACUACUUUAACCAUAAAGGAUGUGAUUUUUAUUUUUCGGAAGUUUUUGGAUUGCAAGCCAACCAAUGUCCUAUCAAAUGUAAGCAUUAUUUUUCUAAACUUAAUGAGGGUGAAUUUUUUAUCUAUCUCCCUUGUGCUAAAAUUUUGCCUGCAAAGAAAGGCUCCAAUUCAUUUUCUGAUUCAGAGGAAACUGUGUUCAAUAGAUUAAAUUUCUUUUGUAGUGUAGUGUUAGUGACACUAACAAUCUAGACAGAUCAAUUAAGAGAUCAAGAGAAAGAAAAAUUGACAGAUCUCUUUUUGACAAGUUAGAAUAUCCUUUAACAAUGUAAAAUAGGUGCAAUCGUGUCGACUGUAACUCAGUCCAAGUAUAUGUUUGUUAAAGAAGACUUUAAGUAAUGUGGAAACAUUCUGCCCAAUAGAACCAUUUGUUUUUUAUUAUUAUAUUCUUUUACCAGUUUGGAUUUCUUUUGAGAGGAUUGUGGGGGCAGAGACCCAUCUUUUUAACCAAAGUGUUGCUUAGUAUUUUAAUAUACUGCUGUUUUUGAUUGUGUAUACAUUAUAAAAUUCUGCUGAAAUAAUAAAAUACAGGAGUCUAUAGCAGGGAAUCGUUGAUGAUUUCAGUUUAGUUCUUCAUUUGAGCGCAAGGUCACUAACGCAAGUUUUUCAAAAUUUGGGAAUCCAAACGGAAACCACAAGGACCAAGUGGGGUGUCAUUUUAAUUUCUCAUUUCCUGCUAUGAUAGAUGGUGAAAAUGAUGUGAACAAGCUGGUUUAUCAAAUCUCUCCAUUUGACAAAAUCCCAAAUAAACGUAUGUAGUAAGCUUGCAUAUGAAAAAGAAUAUGAAUAAAGAAUGUAAUUUACCUGCUCAACAGGACUUUUUUCAGAUUCGAUAAAAUAAUGGUGUCAGAGUGUUUCUGCUGAGAUGACAUUAGUUAUUAACUUUUUCAGUCUCUUAAGUGAUAUUAUGAGAACCACCAAUGCGAUUACAUGUAUUUGUGAAUGUGGCUUUAUGAAUAAUAAGAAACCAAUUGAAAAAAAAAAAAGAAAAAACUGUGUUGCUGAUUUUUGGCCUUUUGCUUUUCUUUUGUUCCUAUAUUUAACAAAGGAAUCAGAUUAUUCAAUAAGGAACACAGUCCCAAAUUGCCCUCAUAACGAAUAUAUAUUUUUGAGCUUACUUCGACUGAAACAUUAUGAAGUACAAUCUUCGAUGUUUUUUAUCCCUUACAUACUUAUACAGCAUUAACUUUGCUGCAGUCUUUUUUUUAUUUAUUUUCUGAAAGUAAAAGUAUAAAUCAGUAUUAUGUGAAAAUAAUUUUCAGCCUUUUAUGAGAUGUCUUUUUGCGUUUAAUUCUUGCUGUCUGGUUAGGUUCAUAGCUUCUCUGCAAACAAUUGUUUUUUUUUCUCUCUUUUAAAAAUGAAAUUUAAGCUGCCUUUUAUGUGCAAUUCAUGAAAUUUUUACCUUAAUUCCUUUAAGUUUCAUCUUAUGUUGCUGGUGAGAACAACCACUCUUGUCUGUGGAGCUGAUAUUUUAACUUUUAUGUGGCAACCAUUCAUAGUAUUUUUUCCUGCAAUGUAAUUUUGGACCAUUUUGUCUCCUUCACACGACCAAAAAACAGCUAAAGUGGGCCGGUUUGAGCACUAAUGGGCCUGUAUUCCUGGUUACUUUCAUAGUCCCAGUCCUUCCCUGGCACAUGGUUUGGAUGUGUACCUAUGUUGUUUGUGAAAUUGCAGAUUUGCGUAUCUUAGUUUGGGCCUCUGCAGACUUCUUGUCAUUUCUAAAUGGAAAACGGAAAACUAAUAAACGUCAAGAAUUGAACACUUCGAUGAAUUUUCUUCUCUCGAUGCAAAAUUUUCUGUGAAAAUUUCAAGCUAUGGGGUUUGUUACGUCCCUUUUUAUAAAAUAAAAUAGAAGCAGAGAUUUUGAGAUACUGCAACGAAGAUAUACAUUUUUGCAGCUUCACCGACAAUAAGAAAGAGAAUUAUGUAAAAUCGGUUAAAAGCAUGUGUCACUUCCAAUUUUUCACAAAAAUUAUCUUUGAAUUUUCUGUAGGUAAAAAAGUCUCAGCUGUGCAAUAGUAAUAACGUUUACUUUUUUUUUUCAAGCAACUUGUCUCUUGUACUAUCUCAUUUUUACUGGAAAGCAAGAAAACAAUAGGAAAAACCAGUCAAAAACUUCUAUCUAUGAACCUCCUGUGUUAUAAGAUGAAAGUGAAAAAAAAAAAAAAAAAAAAAAAAAAAAAAAACUAUUAAUGAGAUAACAAUCUGACAGGAAGUAAGAGGAAAUAUUGAUGUACUUAUUUUCACACAUAGAAGUAAGUUGAAUAGUCAUAAGUGUUUUUACCUCCAAUUGUUUUGUCCUGUUCUAUUUUUUACAUGUAAGAGUUUUUUUCAAUAAACUGUUUUAGUUUUAAAUUUCA